AUGUCAUCCAUAAAUUCGAGUCAUCUUUCUGUCCUCGUCAAUCCUGGUUCUACACUAGCAGCCUUACUGCGUAAGGGUAAACAAUGCAAGGCUGUGAACUGGAAGAAAAGGACAACGAUGGAGAAGCAAGAAAGCGUUAUUGACCCCGCGAAAGUAAAGGGUGAGAUUAAGCAGAUAUUAGAAGAGUUUAACAAGGCUGAACGGUUAGACUCCUUGGAAAAGAAAGGUAUGGUUAAAGUGUUGCAAAAAAUCGAAGUCGUGUUUCGAGAAAUCAUUGGAGAUGACCCAUCCACUGAGGAACAUUACGGGAAGCUUGCUGACGAGAUUCAUGAGAAGGUUAAUGAUCUUAUGAAUUCUCCAAAGCUAUCCCCUUAUGCUACGGGGGCUGCUGCAUCUUCAUCGAAGGAUGAUUUUUCAUGGAACCAAGUUCGUGAAAGAGAAGAUCAGGGAGCGUUUGAUUUUGAAUCUGCGCUGAAAGUCCUUGAUUACAAAGAGCUUAGGUGUUUAUCAUUUUGUUUUUCUUUCUUCUGUUCCUUUUCCACUCCCGUGGAAGUAAACAAAAGAGAAUUGAUCCACUGGUUGAUUGGAAUGGAUCUAAUUGAUGAACCUUUGGAGGGUCAACAAGUACUUGCCAAGCUCGUGGCCGAGGAGGUUCUCUGCCCCGUGACAAACGGAGAAACUGCGCAAUCCAGCAGGUUGACCAUCCAUCCUAGUGUACUGGCUAAUCCAUCAAGAAGGCGGCUGGACCCCUAUGAGGGUAUGCAAAUAGACCGCCUAUUUAUUAGUUCCAUAUUAGGCCCGCUUCGGAGGAUAUCCCUGCAAACUGUGGAUAGACUAGCAGCGAUCAACACCAGCGCGUAUACCCUCAAUGCUAAGAUAUUUGAUAGGCUCUUUAAGAUGAAGAAGGCUAAAGUGGUGCAUCUUGGGAGCUGGCACCCUGAUAUGGACUACGUUGUGGUGGAAGAUAUAAUUAUCAAAGUCUUAAAUGAACUGAAGAAUUUGAAAGAAAUAAGGUUUCUUAGCCUUCAAGGGAUAUCAAGGUUACAAGUGCUUCCAAAUUCAAUUUACAGUCUCAGCAAACUAAAGAUCUUAGAUCUCAGAGCAUGUCAAGAUUUAGCAGAUUUGCCCAAAGGCAUCGAGUCUUUGCAGCAGCUUACACACCUGGAUUUAUCCCAGUGUUACGAGCUCCAUAACAUCCCCAAAGGAAUUACUUCCCUGGUUAAUCUGACAGUGCUUAAAGGUUUUGUUGUCGACCCCGAUUCAGAUCAUUCACAUACACGUUUCAGAAAGUACAAAAAACGAUUAGCAGCGAAUUGUCAAUUCAGUGAAUUAUCCAAGUUGGGGAAGCUCGCCAAGUUGACUGUUCGUACAAGAAUGGCAAAUUUUCCAGCAACUCAUGAUCUUGAGGGUUUAUGUGAGAUGCAGGAACUCAAGAAGCUCAGAAUCACUUGGGUUUGCGGCACUACAACCUCCCAGGAAGCUGAUCCAAGCAAGGUUUAUACGCUACGACGAUUUCCAUUGGCGUUACAGAAACUGGACCUCCGGGCUACCCCAGAGGCUAUUGCAUCCCGACUGUUGGGCUUAAUUGGUAACAGAAGUCAUAAUCAGCUAAAAAAGCUUUACAUAAGAGGUGGUGGAUUAUGGAAGCUAGAUCUUCAAAAAUACUGCUUCCCUAAUGUUGAGGUAGUACGUUUAAGAUUUCUGCCUAAACUUCAUAUGAAUUGGUAUGAAUUUAAACCGUGUUUUCCAAAGUUAACUCGGUUGGAGAUCUUUAGAUGUCCACAUCUUAUCUUCUUCCCUUGUGACGUGAAUGGUAUCUGGGAAGAGCAAUGA